AUGAGUUUAAAUUUUAGCAUAGCCAAUGUCGUUUAUGUAAAGAACCUUUCCACCGAUGUGACAGAGAAGGACAUAAAAGAAAAAUUUGAAUCAUGUGAUGAGAUAAUCGGCGUCGUUUUUAAGAACUUUCCCGGGAAGAACCAGAAGUACUGUCAAAUCGAGUUCAAGAGCUCAGAGGGAAUAACGAAAGCGUCUCGCCUCAAUGGCGAGAUGCUACUGAACGUGCCCAUGGUUGUAACUGUCAUCGAACCCAUUUCACAAAAUCCAGCUUUUUCCGACCCGGCUAUCGGUAGCAUUGAGACGGAUAAAAAUUUAGCCACCUCACUAGAUGGAAGAACCGGCGCCCUUGUUAACAGUGCCGCCGCGCAGAGCGUGCAGUACCAGGCCCUGCAGAACAUCCUCCUCCAGCAGCAACUCAUAUCGGAGCAGAAGAAGGGACUCGUGGACUUCCAAAAUUCGCUGAACGAAAAGAACAACAAAUUUGAUGUCUUCUCCAAAAUUAUCUACAUGGAAAAUGUCCCUCCAAAUUGCAGGGAAGAUGAUAUAAAGGCCCUUUUCAAGAAUGUCGGGACCCCUACGAGCUACAAGCUCCAGUACAACGAGCAGAAAAAAGUGAACACUGCGUUUGUUGAAUUUACUGACGAAGAACAUGCCAAGGCUGCGUUACUUAUGAACGGGACUAAAAUAGGAACGAAUGAAAUUAUCAUAAAAGAUGCAUAUAGCUUAAUCAACGAAAAAGAUAAUUUGAGAAAUAAUUUCUCAUUUUAUAGUAACAACACAAGUGGGACGAACACCAAGACUGACGUGAGUGAUCCUCCCCCAGCAAAGAAGAAACCUGUCGUUAAUGAGAAGGUGGAAAAGGUCCUUGCCUUGCGAGACAAACUGAAUCAGAAGCUUCUUGCCAUGUAUAAUCCAAGUCCUGUCAUUGUGAAUAACCUCGUGCAGGUUAAUCCGCAGCUGAUCGGGACAUCCACAGAGGGGGUAGCAGCGGGAGUAGCGGGAAUGACAGAAGUCAUGGGAGUUGCGAACGCCGCUGGAAUGGCAGCAGGAGUGGCAGGUGGGCUCACAUGGGGAACCACUUCCUCCCCCACUGCCCAGCAAACGAAAGCGAUAGCGGAGAGUAACAACGGAUCGGUCAGUCGACCCGGUGAGACCAACGUGAGCGAGGCGAGGGAGAAGGCCGAGAGGAAGAAAAAGGCUAAAGAGGAUGGAGAGGACGCCGAUGAGGGGGAGGAAGAUAAAAACGUAGACAGAGAUACAAACGAAGCGGAUGAAACACAGAACAAAGUGAGGAAAGACAAAAAAUCCAGGAGUGAGAAAUACAGCAGCAGUGAAUCGUCUUACUCGUCUCGAAGCAGCUCCCGCUCGUCAUCCAGCAGCAGGAGCAGUGACAGGAGGCAUGGAAGCAAAAGAGGCUCCAGGCGAAAACGUAGCCAUAGAAAGCAUAGCAGCAGCACUCGUAGAAGGAAAAAAUAUGAUAGCCGCUCCAGGAGCUCGCACCGCACCAGGAGUAACGAUUCGUUAAGUUCGUAUGAGUCAGAUAGAAGAAGCAGGUAUCGUGACAGAGAAAGCAAAAUUAGAAAAAUGAGGAAGAGAUACCACAGCUCAUCCCUCAGCUAUAGCAACUCCUCUCAUUCGCCCAGACGAAGGCGAAGAAGGUCCAGCAGCAACAAACCGUGGUGGGUUAAAGAAUCGGAGAAAAUGCAGAUGAGGCAGCGGUUGAAAGAGAAGCUCAGGCGCGAAAUGGCUUACAGAGAAAGGUACUGA